UUUCGCAAAUUUCAGAAGCCAGUUUUUGGGCCUUUGGGCUUUUGGCGAUCGCGCCCAAGAACUAGUCGUCUGUAAUAAUUCUCAAUUUAUUUAGACCACCGGUGCAUCGGUUGUCUUCGCGUUAAUCAUCGGUUAAUGCGCAAAAUUGACUGCAUGAUCGCCUCGAAUUCGUUCUGGUUCUAAAACACUCUCUCAUCUGUUUCCGUGUUACGCAUUGCUUUUUUUGCAUAUCGGUAUAUGUACGUAGAAUCGUAGAUGUCAGUGAAAACGUAACCAGUAAUCAUAUCUGUGUGUUCGUGAUAACGCAACCUCAACCGAUAAGCGUACCCGGGUGCCAAAACGAAGCGACUUCCUUGCUUGCAGCCCAGCUGUUUCUUCCGCAGACAUCGACAUCCCCGUCAGACAUUCCGAUGUUCAGCAUGCCUUCCACAGCCACCCUCGCGGUGGAAAUCCUCGCCACGGCCGGAUUGGCCAUGGCCGUGAUGUACUUUGUCACCAAGUACAUGAACAAGAAGAAGUCUCAUCCGAAAACUCUUGUGGAUCCCGAGCAGAAGGUGCGGUUGCCCCUUCUUGAGAAGAUCAUCGUCAGUCAUGAUACGCGCAUUUACCGCUUGGGACUGCCAUCAGAGGAGCACGUCCUGGGUCUCCCAAUCGGCCAGCAUAUCUACCUGACGGCCAACAUUGAGGGAAAAACUGUGAUACGGCCGUAUACUCCUAUUUCCAGUGAUGAUGAUAAAGGAUAUACCGAUUUAUUGGUGAAGGUGUACUUCAAGAAUACUCAUCCCAAGUAUCCCGAAGGCGGCAAAAUGUCCCAGGAAUUGGAAUUAAUGAAUAUCGGCGAUACUAUCGAUGUCCGCGGACCAAACGGUCUUUUAAUCUAUAACGGACAGGGGAAGUUCUCCAUCAAGGCGGAUAAGAAGAGUCCGGCUAAACCCAGGCGUGCCACCCGUUUAGGGAUGAUCGCUGGCGGAACUGGAAUCACUCCUAUGAUGCAAAUUAUCCGUCACAUCUUUAAGGAUCCCAAGGACACCACGGAAGUCUGGCUGCUCUUCGCUAAUCAGUCGGAGAGUGACAUUCUUCUGCGCCAGGAACUGGAGUCCAUUCGCGACAGUACACCCAACCGUUUCCACCUGUGGUUCACCGUGGACCGUGCCCCCGCGGGUUGGAAGUACAGCGAGGGAUUUGUCAGUGAAGAGAUGAUUCGUGAGCAUCUGCCGCCGCCCGGCAAAGACACCCUGGUCCUGAUGUGCGGACCACCGCCUAUGAUCCAGUUCGCUUGCAAUCCCAAUCUGGAUAAAGUGGGCUUUGCACCGGAGAAUCGUUUCGCUUUUUAAGAGCAGUGUGCGCAUCGGCAUUCCAUUAACCGGUGUCUUUGCGGGGAAAUUACUUACUGGAUUUCUUAAUGUUUUGAAGGUGAUAGAGCGCAUGUUAAUUUUAAUUUUAGACGGGGUUUUGGGGUUUUUUAAUCCGUGGAAUUGCAAUUAGUUUUGGAUUAUUUACACGGUUUAUUGCGAUUAGUUUGUAUGGGUCUGGUUGAAUUCUUUAAUUAUUAACCGGUUUAAUUCUUUUAAUCAGUGUUCAGAUUAAUUACUUUGAAUUUGGCUAGUAAAUUUUGCGGGUUUUUC